UAUAAAGCAAUGGCAUGAAAGACAUGAAGAAACCCUAUGUUUACAUCUACGGUACAGGUUGGGGCUCUAUUGUUGCCGAGCUUCUCUCAGAGCAGGGUUACAAGGUGAUUGGUAUGUGGAGUUAUGACGAAGAGGAGUUGGCCAGGAUAUGCGAUAAGCUACAAAUACCUUAUUCUACCACUGAUAUUGACGAGCUGUUUCAAUACUUAACAGAGAACCAAAAGAACAAGGACAAAUCAUAUGACGCAGAGAACACGAUAGUGUGGGUGGCUACUCCGCCGUAUCACCUGGCUAACAUCGCGCGCCAAAUCUUAGAGUACAGCAAUAACAUUGUCGUUGAGGCUCCGGGAGUGACAACAGUAGAAGAGGGAGAGGCUCUCCUGGCAUCUGCCUCUAAGUUUGCAAUAUGGUUGUGCGCGUGUCCUUAUCAGCUGAGGAAUCUUCCAGCAGUUAGGCAACUCAGGAAUAUUAUCAUGGACAAGAAGUAUGGGGCUGUAAAGAGUCUAGAGGUGAGAAUACAGUGUAACCAGACAGAGCUAUGUUCCAAGAAGUACAACUGGAAGUAUGAUAAGAACCGGUGCGGAGGCGCGCUCAACAUGUUUGGGUGUCACAUCAUUGAUCUUCUUACUUACCUACUCAACGAUACUAAGGUGGACUCAGUUCAGGGAACACUAAAGAACUUUGUUCGACAAAACGAGUAUAUAAACGGGUUCAGGUCAAUUACCGGUGACGACGUGUGCAACUUCCAGUUACGGUUCAAGGCUCACAAGAAUAAUCCGUACAUUGCUGAUGAUUCGGUUGUAGCUUGGGUACAUAUCAGCAUGCUGUACCCCAACACAGUAUUUAGACAGGAAGUAACUGUACUUACUGAGCGAGCCUGUAUUGUACUGGAUAACUGCCAGCUGAAGAUCAUCCCCUUCCAACAAGAUGACGAGGAACCCACUAAAGAGACUCUAAUAGAGGAGGAAGAACCUCCAAAGUUCACGUGUGAAGAUCUGGCGCCUGGCCAGCCUACUCCCUAUAUACUAGGAAUGAAGUACUUUAUUGAUGCGCUGGAUAUUAAGAAACUGCAGUUCCCUUAUGAUGAACAGCGACAACCGAAGACGAGACUUAAAUUCCUGCAACAUCUGGUGAAGGUACUAGAGAAGAUACGGCAGUCAAGUGAGCAGAGGGAGAGAGGCUGGGUACCCAUAGAGCCUAAAGAAACCAAAGUUACUGAGUCUAAAACUAAGCGAGGGACCAGUAUGAGUAAGGGGAAUAGUGCUAGUCAGGCUAUUUCACCUUGAGGAUUAUUAAUUAGUUAAUUAAUUGGUUAGUUAGUUGGUUGAUUGAUCGAUUAAUUGAUUAUUUAAUUAAUAGAGUAUUUAAUCGGUUUAUCAAUUAGCUAAUUAAUUACAUGAUUUAUCAAUUAGUUACUAAGUGGUGAGGGAUCAUUUGAGAGCUCUUAAUAAUAAUCGCUAACAGGAGUAUUAUAUAUUAAA